CCUCCUCUGGAAGUUGACGACGAGACUCCAACCUCAACAGAGGAAGUCGAUUCUCUAGGACCUGCGCUACAUAUUAUCCGCGAACACUUACUACAACAGAGCCAGAUGCCGACCAGCAGAAUCGAGGCGGUCUUCGCCAGAUACCAACUAGAACUAGACGAAACUGAAUGGGACAGACGGCCUAAAGUUCCUCAUGAAAGAGUCCACAAAAGCAUUCGAAUGAGGGUCAGAUACACCUGUCACAACUGUGCAACCACCUUCGGCCGCGAUAGAGUCUGCGUUGGAUGCCAGCAUCGCCGUUGUAGCCGAUGUUCCCGGUAUCCGCCCAGGAAAGACAAACCGAAGGUCUUGAAAGACGUGGCGGACGACGGUUCGCCUCGACCUGCAGAAAAUCCUUCACUCCCAAACGCUGACAGUGGGACGUGUCACGAAUGCCAAACUGACUUCGAGAUCCUUGUCGAAGAGUGCCCCAACUGUCACCACAAGAUUUGCGAUAGAUGCAUCCACCAAGCAUCCAUCACCGUUGAAACGAGCCAAGACCCACCUUCCGAGUCGACACAGGUAGCGCCACCCGACAGAGACCCUGAACAAAGGCCA